AUGAGUGAUUCUGACAGUAGCUCUAGUCUCUCUAGCGAUAGCAAACAAAACAACACAAAUGACGCUAAUAGUUCAAAAGGUAAAAAACGACAACGUGAGGAAGCUGAGGAAGAAGUGAGAUUAUCGUUAGAUAGGUCAAAAGACGACGGCGGCCCUGCUCUAGCCUGGUUCCCAGGAGUCCUACCACCCAAAGAAACGGAAUACAAGUUGUAUGUACGCUCACAAGCAAAGGAUGCCAAACUAAUGAAACAGAAAAUUUUGCAUGGCGAGACUAAUUAUGUCGAAUUGAAAGGAGUUAAUUAUAAAGAAAUCAAUAGAAAGGAGGAUUUGGAAGACAUGUAUGGAUAUUACAAAUACUUGGUGGGAUUAUACGAUAAAAGAACUAGAACUGUGACAUUAAAAGAAGUUCCGGUGUUCAACUUUUCUCGUGUUAUAAAGAAGAGGAAACAUGUGAAAGAACCAGAACCUCCGCCGAUAAAGAGCUAUCAAGAGGCCAAAGCGGAUCUUGGCAGGACGUUCGGUUCUAAAAAGACUAUACAGCGUAUUAACGACGACGAAAAAAAUGCUGUACAUGUUGAUAUGGUGGCAAAUUCUACUCAGAAUUCCAUAAUGCAAAAUAUCGAAGAUAAAUUAAAAACGUUGCCGACUAUGGAGCAAAUUCAAAGUGAAAUUCAAGCGAAUCGAAAUAUUCCUCCAUAUAACAUGCAAGCGACAGAACCAGCCAACGUCUAUAAACUCGAGGAUAUUGUAACGAUAAAUGAGCUGAAUUCAACAUGCCUCAAACGGAUUCUGGACGCUACGACCUUGGAAGAGGCAUUGCAAGCAUUGCCGUAUAAUUCUUCAAAGUAUAUCACAUCACAUUUGUCAGAAUAUUGGAAAUUUAAAUUCGACCAACAAACGCAGCGCCAAAUGCAAAUUUUGAUCUACAUCUCGUAUUUGAUGAAUUUCAGUUCACAUCAGAAGAAUAUUGAAAGACGCGCAGUGGUUGCCAGUGGCUUGUAUAAUCCACCAUCAGUGAUUAUCGAUAAUCUGUAUAAGAGGUAUACGGAAACAGUGAUACGUAAAAAGAAUGCCCUUCAAAAAAUGACGCCAGUAUUACAAAACAAGUUAUACUGCUAUAUGUUUGUACUGUGUCUUAUGUUGGAUAAUUACGUCCUUGAUCCGGCUAUCUUAGCAAAUGACUUAUGUAUCAGCAAAAUAAAAGUAACCGACCUCCUUAAGUCUUUAGGAUGUCGCGUUGACAAACUGACAAAAGAAGAACGCGAAAGUGGCGGCUUCACAGCUGGGCAAGCGAAAGCCAUGAGGAAAGCAAAGUUACAAGCACCGCCUGUUUUCCCAGAGAAAAAACGAAAAUAG